CUCCAUCCCCUCGCCACCCCACCCCAAUCCCUCCCACCCUCUCUAUCCCUCACCCUCACCGCCUCCCCACCCUCCUUUUCCUUAUAGGAGUCGACGACUCCCCCUUCUCGAUCGUUUUAAAACCAAACGAUAAAAAUACAAACAAAAAUAAAUCGAAGCGCCCUUCCCAAUCCCUCAGCUCAAGAACGCCAUCUCCAAUUUCCUCAAAAAGCCCUCGUUUCUUCCAUUCCUUUUUCCCUCCAUCGAUCUCCCAACAAACCCUAGAGAGUUUACGUGUACAAACAAACGAAAUCCCCCAAAGGUUUCCGUAGAAAUCUGUCGAAUUCUUGAAUUAGAGAUCGUUCGAGCGCGCCGAAUCUUCUUUCCGCUUCUUGUUCCCGAAGUAGGGUUUUGCUGCCAUGAGCCGGAGGGUGAGGAGGCGCGGCGCGCAGUCCAAGGACAAGGAGAAGGUCGUCAUCUCCCCGGUCUUCCCUGAGGCCUCCGAGGAUUGCGUGAUCCCUCGCCCCGGCGGCGGCGGCGGAGGCGACGGCGCUGGGGUGGCUGCCGUGGACUGGACUUGCCUCCCCGACGACAACGUUGUCCAGCUCUUCUCCUGCCUCAACUACCGGGACCGCGCCAGCCUCGCCUCCACCUGUCGCACCUGGCGCCUCCUCGGCUCCUCCCCCUGCCUUUGGACCGCUCUCGACCUCCGCGCCCACCGCUGCGAAUCUGAUACCGCCGCCGCCCUCGCCGGCCGGUGCGCCCACCUCCGCCGCCUUCGCUUCCGGGGCGCUGAUGCUGCUGCCAUCGUCAUGAAUCUCCAGGCCCGCGGCCUGCGGGAGAUCGCAGGGGACUACUGCCGCGAGAUCACCGACGCCACCCUGUCGGUGAUUGCUGCCCGCCACGAAGCGCUUGAAAGCCUCCAGAUCGGCCCCGACCCGUGCGAGAGAAUCACCAGUGAUGCUAUCCGUCAUGUCGCCAUGUGCUGCACGAGGUUAAGGAGGCUGCGCCUCUCCGGCAUCCGGGAGGUUGACGGAGAGGCAGUUGGGGCCCUCGCGCGGCACUGCCCCCAGUUGGAGGAGAUAGCCUUCUUGGAUUGUGGGAGCAUCGAUGAGAGUGCUCUUGGAAAGGUGCUGCCUCUAAGAUUCUUGUCGGUGGCAGGGUCACGGAACUUGAAGUGGACUACGGCCUCUCUUGCCUGGAGCAGGCUCCCAAACUUGAUCGGCGUGGAUGUUUCAAGGACGGACGUCUCCCCGGCUGCCGUAUCGAGGCUUCUUUCCACGUCCAAAAGCGUGAAGGUGUUGUGCGCUCUCAACUGUGUCGCACUCGAAGAGGAAGGGAAUCACAACCCCACGGCAUUUAGCAAUACCAAGGGGAAGGUGCUGCUUGCCCUUUUCAGUGAUAUAUUCAUAGGGAUUGCUUCUUUGUUCAAGGGCACGGUGGUUAAGGAGCGAGGAUUCUUUGGGGAAUGGAGGAGUUGGGAAAACAAGGACAAGAACCUGAAUGAUAUCAUGACCUGGAUUGAGUGGAUCCUGUCGCAAUCACUGCUUCGAAUAGCAGAGACUAACCCACAUGAUAUUGAUGAGUUUUGGUUAAGGCAAGGUGCUGCUUUGUUGCUGAGCUUGGUGAAGAGUUCACAGGAGGAUGUGCAAGAGAGAGCAGCUACUGGGCUUGCUACAUUUGUGGUCAUUGAUGAUGAUAAUGCAGCAGUUGACCCAGCGAGAGCAGAGGCGGUGAUGCGGAAUGGUGGGAUACCUCUGCUUUUGGAGCUUGCAAAGUCUUGUCGGGAGGGUAUACAGUCUGAAGCUGCAAAGGCCAUUGCAAACUUGUCAGUAAAUGCCAAAGUUGCCAAAGCAGUUGCUGACGAAGGGGGCAUCAGUAUUCUUGCUGAUCUGGCGAGAUCCAUGAACAGGUUGGUUGCUGAAGAGGCUGCUGGAGGUCUCUGGAACCUUUCUGUGGGAGAAGAGCACAAGGCGGCCAUUGCUGAGGCUGGUGGCGUAAAAGCUUUAGUGGAUCUUAUUUUCAAAUGGCGCUCUGGAAUAGAUGGAGUUCUGGAACGUGCUGCUGGUGCCCUUGCAAAUUUGGCUGCCGAUGACAAAUGCAGUCUGGAGGUUGCAGUGGCUGGUGGUGUCCAAGCUUUGGUGAUGCUUGCUCGGUUGUGCAAGAUUGAGGGAGUACAAGAACAGGCUGCUCGAGCUUUGGCUAAUCUGGCUGCUCAUGGAGAUAGCAACAGUAAUAAUGCUGCUGUGGGUCAAGAGGCAGGUGCACUUGAGGCAUUGGUGCAGCUAACUUGUUCUCAAAAUGAAGGUGUAAGACAAGAAGCAGCUGGUGCUCUGUGGAACUUAUCUUUCGAUGAUAGAAACCGAGAAGCAAUUGCUGCAGCUGGUGGGGUUGAAGCCUUGGUAGCUCUUGCACAAGGAUGUUCAAAUGCUUCUCAAGGACUCCAAGAGAGGGCUGCAGGUGCUUUGUGGGGAUUGUCGGUAUCAGAGGCUAAUAGCAUUGCCAUCGGACGAGAAGGUGGUGUGGCACCUCUAAUUGCAUUGGCACGGUCGGAUGCUGAAGAUGUUCAUGAAACUGCUGCUGGUGCACUUUGGAAUCUUGCUUUUAAUUCUGGCAAUGCUCUUCGCAUAGUUGAAGAAGGGGGGGUUCCAGCCCUCGUACACCUCUGUGCAUCAUCAGGAUCAAAAAUGGCUCGUUUUAUGGCUGCAUUGGCACUUGCUUACAUGUUUGAUGGAAGAAUGGAUGAGGUUGCAUUGGUUGGGUCUUCAUCAGAAGGUGCUUCAAAGAGUGUUAACUUUGAUGGUGCUAGAAGGAUGGCAUUGAAGCAUAUAGAAGCUUUUGUACUGACUUUUUCAGAGCCACAACUCUUCUCCAUGGCUGCAGCUUCUUCGGCUCCUGCAGCCUUGGCACAAAUAGCUGAAGCAGCACGCAUACAAGAAGCAGGACAUCUGAGAUGCAGUGGUGCCGAGAUUGGGAGAUUUGUUACCAUGCUUCGAAACCCAUUAUCCAUUCUUCGAGCCUGUGCAGCUUUUGCUCUUCUUCAGUUCACCAUUCCAGGAGGCAGGCAUGCGAUGCACCAUGCAGGCCUUUUGCAGAAAGCUGGGGCUGCACGGGUCCUACGUGCUGCAGCUGCAGCUGCAACAGCUCCUAUUGAAGCAAAAAUUUUUGCGAGGAUUGUGCUCAGGAAUCUUGAACACCACCAGCUGGAAGCUUCAAUAUAAAGCUGAAAUAAGGAAUUUGUUCUUCAGCAUUUAGAAUCAGAAGUUGAACACUUCCUUUUGCCCAUGCAUCAGCCUGAAGCAAUGCCUGCAUAUGAAUCCUGCUCUAUGAAAAAUGCAGAAUCCUUGGUUACUGAAGCUUCUGUUCCUUGAUGGAGCUUUCGUUUUUGGUUCAUAUCCUGAGAACUUGGUUUUUGAUAAACUGAAUUGAGGAGGGGCUGGCUUGCUCUUGUUAGUCAGGUAUUUAUUAAAUUGGCUUGACUUGGCUUUUCUGUGAUUAUUAGAGUGUGGAUGCAUUUUUUCUAUUUAUUUGGAGUGUAAAAGAAGGUGCUGGAUGUUCAAGAAAACCAGUAUCUGUAAAUUUUGUACUUACGUAUCUAACAUUAAUGACAGCAUGUUUGUUAUAAUUUUAUUAAACUAUAUGAAACGCAGGUUUAUGGACA